AUGCCGAGCGGGAAGCCAGCCCAUCAUCGCCAUGCUACUCCGAAGCCUACAGUCGCAGAGCGGCCGCAUGGGCAUAAGGAGGGGCCCCCGCAGGUGAUAUCUAUGACCAAUGUUAUGCCAGGGGGCAGUCCCUUCGUCACGAGGGACCAAUUCCAGUCCGCUAUGAGUGUGAUAAGAACUGUUAUAGGCGGGACCGUGGAAUCGGGCGCAACAAUUCCCAUACUACCAGAAGACGGCAGCACUAUGCAGGCCUUUCUGCUGCACAUCGAGCGCCGGUACACCCAGAUGGGAUUGGAGCCGCGCGAGUGGAGGAAUGCACUUAUUGACCACCUUGUGGAGGAUUGUGUUUCAGACCGUCUGAAGCGCAGCCCUUGA